CAGGGCUAAUCAUGCGUCUCAAGUCAACGACUUCUGUGUAUUUAUUAUUCACUGGCUUUUGUACGCUUUCUAAAAGAGCCACUGACGGGUAGUAUUAAGUGAUCGCGCACCUCGUAGCCACGCGUUAUUCUCAAAGCUUUCUGCUUCAUUAUUGAAGAAGUUUGGAAUUUGAGAUCUUAAAGGAGGGCAAUAGCUAGAAUGAGAUGUGCAUUAUGGCAUAUCUUAAGAAUCGAUUUACGAAUUGACAGGUAAAUCCUGAUUUCGCGUAAUGCGAUCAAAAGUCGCUAAAAAAAGUAAUAUUUAUCAAUCUUGUGGUAUAUAGCUGCGUAGUAAAAACAGUUUUAAUAUUUUUUAAUCCGUUAUAAAGUAGUAUCAAACAAUAAUGGGAUAUAAACACGCGUCCGUGAAGCUAUCAUAUAAUUUUUCGUGAGUGGCAUUUAAGUGUGUGCAAGUGUGCCUCAGGAAAAUCCAUUCAUCAAGGAAGCAACUUUUCUUCUGUACAAGAACUCGGGAACAAACGCUCGGACAUUAAAACGAUAUGCCACGACGAAAGUGUCUAGCAAUCUUAGAUUUAUCGAACAAUAGAAUUUGUUGCUUUUGUGGGCUGUCUACAAAUAAUGAGCUUGAAUAUGGCAAGAUAUAUGAAUAUGAUGACAUCAUUGCUCAUUAUUACUGCCUGCUUCUUUCAUCAAAUAUGCAACAAAAUGGCAGUGAUGAUGAUGGUAUAUUGGGUUUUCUCACAGAAGACAUCCAAAAAGAACUCAGUAAAGCUAAAAAAAGACAAUGUCGAUAUUGUAAAAAAAGGGGUGCUACCUUAAAAUGUUGUAACACAAAAUGUAAAAUAAUUUUUCAUUUGCCCUGUGGUCUUAGGACUGGGUCACUCCAUCAAUUUUUUGGGGAAUUCAGAUCAUUUUGUAAAAAUCACAGACCCAUACAAAGAAUAGAUCCUGUCGUCAAAACACAAUUAGAAACAUUAAAUAAUUUACUCUGUUACAUUUGCUAUGACAGUGUAAAUCCUCACAAUGUAGUUGAAACUUUAUGGGCUCCUUGUUGCAGAAAAAAUGCUUGGUACCAUCGAAAGUGUGUUCAACAACUUGCACUUAGUGCUGGUUAUUUUUUUAAAUGCCCUUUGUGCAACAACAAAGAUGAAUUUCAAAAAGCAAUGUUAAAUUGUGGAAUAUUCAUUCCAAGCCAGGAUGCUUCUUGGGAACUAGUGCCGAAUGCAUAUGAAGAGCUUCUUUAUAGACACGAUCGUUGUGAUGCACAAAUUUGCCUUUGCCCAAAAGGACGAAAUUACAGUAGCAAUGAGACUAAGUGGGAAUUAACGUUAUGCCGUCUUUGUGGCUCUCAGGGAAUCCAUGUUGCUUGUGGUAGACUAAAAAAUGCCAAUACCAUUUGGGAAUGUACUCAGUGUACUGAUAUAUUAAACAAAUCCAGCCAAAACGUCAUUCCUACAAUAAGACAACAGGACAUUACACUAAAUUCAAGGUACAGCGAUUUCACGGUCAUGUCUAAGGAAUCUGAUAGUGAUAACAGUGAUAGUGACAUAUCAGUUGGCAGAAAUUCUCCUCUAACAGUCAAAUUUGAUGACGAAAGAUACUUGCUACCAUUUUCAAGAAACAUUAUUAAACCAGGUCCACUCUCGUACAAGAUUCAGCAAGUGCGGAAAUUUAUAGAUAACAAUAAGAACUUGCAGUCACGAUCUGAUCAUUUGAAUUCUGAGUUUAACAAUAAGGAUUUUAAGAACGUGAGUAGAUUAAAUGACGAGAAUAGUACAACUGAAAGCGAUUCACUUCAAGAGAAUAUUUUAAAAGAAUCAGAAACUUUGAUAACCAUCGACAGCGAUGAAGAAAUAGUCGAGAUUGAGAAUCCGAAGCGGCCAAUUCGUUGUGAGCCUGUAUCAACGAUAACCGACGGUGCCUCAAACGUGUCGCAAUAUUUAUCGAAAUUUUCUCGGCAGAUGGAUCUGCCAAGUAAAAACAUAACAGAAAUAAAUUAUUCGAUGCACAAUGCGUGUUUGAUCGAUCCGGGAGCUGACGAAAUUGUGUUUAGUUCAACGGGAGAGAUUAGUCCACAAUGUAACGUUUUCGAGAAUUCGGAAACUUCUGGUUUAAACAUUAAGAUCGUGAAUGUGACAUCGGUCUCUCCAGAAGACUUUGCUGAUGUUUCUGACAAGUCAGAAGAGAGUACUAGUAGUAGUAGUGCUCUAAGCGUUCAGUCAAACGGACUAUGUUGUCCAGUUGAUACGGAGCAAUCAGUUUUGAAAAGAAAGAUCAAUUUGCGAUGGUCGAAUAUUAAUAUGCUUCGUACUAAAAAGUUUGCGGAUAAUGAUGGAAAUAAGGAAUUACGGAAUAAUCCUGGUCCAAGUUCACGCAAUGAAAAUGAAGAGACGAUGCGCAAUGAUAAAUGCGAAAAGCGGAAGCAGAAUUUUGAUAUAUGUACAUCGUUCUUUGGAGUUCCGAAUAGUAUAAAGAAAUUGGCUGCAAAGAGCCAGACCAGAAUACCAGAAGCAUCGCCUAAUACGGCUGUACGGAUGAAUAAUGUCGCGAAUAGUCAGUCUAGCGGAGCAGAAGUGAUAAAUGUUUGCGACACGUGGGACAAGGCUCAGUCGAUGGAAGAAAAUAUUCGUGAAGUUUUGCAAGAAGAUUCCCCGAAAAUCGCAAUGAGGAGAACCAGGAUUUCACGUCCAAUUGAGAGUGACGAAUUCAGUAGCAGCAGAGACUUUGCUACGAAAAAACCUCGUGAAGAGAGUUCGCAUUUUGAGGAGCAAAAUUCCAGCAAUUGUGACGGGGAUGCAGAGAUCGAUGCCUCUGAUGGGUCCGAAAGUUGCGAACGAAAUAUGCAAUGUGCAAACAGCAUCGGGACCCGAUCACAAAUGUCAUGCGGAUGGUCAAGUGCUUCAGGAGAGUCAGAUUGUGACACCUCCGAUCAGGACAGAACGCAGGAUCAGAAUACCUGUUCAAAGUUCCGUAGUUAUUCAGCCGACUGUUCGGAAACUUCUAAUUUUGGAGACUCCUUUGAUCCAGAUAGAUUGAUACCAGGAUUAAUGCGUUUGUGCGAUCUUAAAUUUCAUGUUUGUGGCUCGAAUGUUGUACAGAUGAACGUGCGUAAUAAGAUUACGAUGACUAUUAAGAUGAAUGAUACUAGAGUACAUAAUCGUAGAAAAAAUCGUUCCUUCUCUAAGAGGAGAUUUGACGGAGAUGCGGGUAGUGAGAAGCUCAGAAAAAGGUUGUGUAUUGAAGUGGAUGAAGAUAUCACUGAAGAUUCCUCAGCAGAUGGACAUUCGUUAAUUUGCUCUGGUGCAACGCAAAGUGUGAACGAUGAUGGCGUUUGGUUUAACGAAUCCUCGCGCACCGAAUUCCUCGUGAGAAACUUAGAGAAUCCGGCCUCUGGUGCAUUUAGAUUAAACAAUCUCAAUGGAAAUGCUAGGACAAAGUGCUUCAUUACAAAGAAGAAUACUCGUGACGAGCAUAAAGAGAAUCUCGAUCCGUCUUCUCCGAAAUCCGGUAAUUCCUUUAGAAAUGUUUGUUUUGUGGAGAAAAAUAGUUUGGUGAAUUGUCCGCCGACAUCCGCUGUUAUUAGCAAUUUAUCAACUACUGCUAUUACUACUUGUAAAAGGAAUGAGGGUGACGUAGUUUGCAUCACUAACUGUAACUGUAGCAACUCCAAACUCCAGCACGGUUCUAUACGAUGCGGUAAAGCUAACGAAAACACGAACUCUUUCGAAUCGAACGAUGAUUACAGGCACCUAAGUAAAAAUGAUAUUUAUUUAUUGAGAACUUCAGUUUCUAUGGAAAGUAACGAUUUUCGCGAUACAUCACUCUCUUCCAGCAAAAAGACAUUUUACUCGAACGACUAUAUUAAGGCUGGCCCGAUUGCAAGUUGUGUGGUUAGUAUCGAUCUUGCACGGAUUCAGAACCUAGAGAUCAAACCAAAUUCAUUUUUUCAAAAAUCGGGUAAGAGUCAUAUGAGUAUUGAGCACUUAAGUGAUCCUACAGCGUGUAACAAUAGAAGUAUUGGGCUAGUGAAAUCUUUAAGUUUGGGGGACUUGCGCGUAUCGUCAGUAUCAAAUCCAUUGAGACGAUCUAGGAGUAUGUCUGAUUUGGAUAAAGAGAAACUACAAUCAAUUAAUUACAAGUCCAAAAAGUUAUUUGGAAAUCUUAUAGGCACUCAAGAGAUCGUUGAUAAUUUUUUAAUAACAAAUGACGUAUCAAACAUGCAAAAAUGUAUUUACGAUAGUAAACAUGAUUGGUGGAGUAAAAAGAAACAUGUAAAAACAUUGAAGUGGUAGAUGAACAUUAUUUAAUUUUAAAUGAAACUUUUCUUUCGGUAUAUUUCAGAAAGUUCAAUAGACUGUUUGCCUUUCGAUGAGCUAAAUCUAUUUAACCCAAGCCAAUAAAAUUGUUGAUAUUUUUGGGAUAUUUACUAAAGACAUUUCUCUUGGUUCCUGUUUUUAUAGCAAAUUUCAUUGGUAAUGUCUUUUCUUUUAAUGCUCUAGAGAAGCCAAAGACGAAAACAACUUUUCGUUUGAUCAUUGUUAGUUCUGCUUUUGUCGAUUCCUACGUUACAUAUGCAUUCAAAUGCAGCAUAUGUAUGUCGAUAUGCACAUAUAUAGAUAUGUAUAUAUACAUACAGUAUAUUUUUCUGUUGUCUUGUAAAAUUUCAACCGGCGUUCAUUUUUUUCGUUCGAGAUUGCUGAACGCUUGCACAAGAUCCAGAAAAUCACGGAUAUGACUGUAACGCGCAUAACAUGUUACAUCGUUUUUUGACUGUAUAUAGAUUAUUAAACAGUUUAGUCCUACCAAUCCCGGUGAAGAAUUCGAAGGAUCAACUGUUAACCAUUACGCGAGAUUAAUGAAACAAAUAUGAACAUUGCAUUGUGAACCGUAGUGUUAGCAGAAGAAAGUAAGUCUAAGAAUAGCUGUAUGUUUCAUUUUACUUAUACUAGCCAUGAAUAUGUAACGAUCUCUGUUAAAAAAUUUAAUGUGUUCUGCGACUUUAUCUAAAGUUUCAUGCUGUAUAAAGAAAUUAAAGAGGUA